AUGGGCGGCUCCAACAACAGACUCCAACUCAAGAAAACCACGCGUAUUACCACUUACGAUCAUCAUACUGAGCAAAGCGAUACAAUACUCUCGACAAACACCGGCUUUGCUCUUUCUCGCACAGACAAAAAUGGAAUUGAAAGAUAUACUCAAUAUGAUAAGGUAGGCAGAAUAACCCUAGACAUGGUAUCUCCAGGAAACAAGCCUUACGAGGCGGUCAUGAAGAAUGAAUAUACUGUCACAGAAGGGGGACCUGGGUACACUAUAACGACAGCAGACUUCCAGGGCCUUCAGACACGCCACCACACAGAUGGUUUGGGAAGAAUAUGUCGUGUUGAGAGACAAGAUGAUUCUGUUGGAGCACUUGGACCUUUCCGCGUUAUUCAAGAGCGAAAGUAUAAUGGACUCGGGCAGUGUGUAGUGGUAAACAGCAUUGACUGGCUAAAAGAAGGCGAUAAAAGUAUCGAACAUCGCAACGAACGAAGAUUGGAAUAUGAUGACUGGGAUUGCCUCUGCAGAAUGACUGAUAGUAGUGGUACGGUCAUUUUAGCAAAAACGAAUCCCGUGUCUAUGACUCAUGUCGAGGGUAUUCAAGGCGAAGGUCAAACUAAAACCGAGUUCAAUGAUUUUGGCGCUGUCUCACGAAAGGUCUUCUUGAAAAGCGAUGGCAACGCAUAUAAGAAAGUUGACUAUACCUAUGAUGGGCUGGGACGCCUCGUUGAAGAGACGAACAACCCUAAAAAUACCACGACAUAUCAGCUGGACGGCUUUGGCCGGCUAGUUGAGACUACUUAUCCAACUGGUCGCAAAAUCUCCAUUCAAUACGCGGCUCAUAGCAUGUCUGUCUUGCCAGUAUCAACCAAAAUUGGCGAUUAUACUAUGGGCACUCAAUCCUUUGACGGAUCAAGCCGAAUAACGAGCCUAACUUUGGGCACCAAUACCACUAGAAUGACUUAUAAUGGAAAUGAGCCAAGCCCAGCUACCGUUCGGACAGCUCAGGGGGAUAAGUUGGAAAUGAGCUAUGAUCCUGCUCUAAAUUACGCUGUUACCAGCGUGAAAAGUAAAGAUGAGCUGGAGUCAUACCACUAUGACCGAAGAUCAUCAGCUUUAUUGGCCCUUAGAGGCUCGUCCGUCGCCGAAGUACGAGAGUAUUUACCAUCCGGUCUCUUGGCAAAAGAGAAAACCCAAAUUGACCGCAAGAAACAAUUCUCAACACAGUCUACGUAUUCAAUGGCGGGCAAGCUAAGAACUUACACAGAUGUGCAUGGUCAAAAGCUGGAAAUCCAGUACGACCAAUUUGGCCGUCCAAAGCAGGUGAUGCAAGGAGACUCUAGGACCACAUUCGCCUAUGAUAAGAGCAACCGCUUGUCUGAGAGAUGUUGCUUUGAUGAUGUGAAGAAACAAAGCCUAAAAAUGAAUCUCAAAUAUGAUGAGUUUGGCAGAGAAAUUGGGCGAAUCAUCUAUACAGGAAAUGCAUUGCUCUACCAGUUAACACAGGAUUUUAACAACAUGAACCUUCUCACAAAUCGCAUUCUACAAAGCGGCAAAGAUGAGUUGCUGAGGGAAGAGAGUUUUGAGUACGAUCAGCAGUGCCGCUUAAUCGAUUACAAGUAUCGGGGAGCACAGCCAAUGAUGGACGAAGCAGGGCAAAAGAUUUCAAGACAGCAGUUCAGCUUUGACAAGUAUGACAAUCUAGAAAGGAUUGUGAAUACUUUUGAGGACCGAUCUCAAAACACCCGCAGCUACUUUUAUAAUCCCGAAAAUCCAACCCAAUUGAUCAAGAUAACUAAUACGCAUAAGAAGUAUGCGACCGAAGUUGCUUUGGCGUAUAAUAGAAACGGGUGUUUGGUACGAGAUGAACGAGGCCGCAAGCUCAAUUACGAUGCUAAAGGUCGUUUGAGUAUGGUAUCUGAUGCUAAGGAUAAGGUAUUGAGCCAAUAUUAUUACGAUGCGAGCGGCAAACUAGUUUGCCAAAAAGCAGGCUUACUGAACACUUAUCUCCACUACCGGGGUAACAGCCUUGUCGCUAUCACGAGCGGAGAUCAGAAAAUAAGUUUCUUGUCUGAUGGUAAAACGUGCUGGGGUCAAAUAACAACGAAAAAAAUUGGGAGCUCUCAGAUACGCCUCUGGGCUACAGAUAGCCAUCAGUCAAUCUUGGCAUGGUUUGAUACGCGGAAAUCGAAUAGUAUCAAGCAGCAACAGUACAUGCCUUACGGAUAUGGCACAUCAGACUCUGUCGGCUUUAACGGCCAGUGGAAAGAUCCUAUAACUGGCUGGUACCAUCUUGGCAAUGGAUGCCGCGUAUACAAUCCCGUAUUAAUGCGCUUCCACAGCCCAGAUCAACGGAGUCCGUUUCUCCCUGGAGAGAUCAACCCUUAUGCUUACUGUUUAAACGAUCCUGUCAACCAUGUCAAUCUCACCGGGCAUAGCGGCAUCUUUGGCACGGAUGACUCGGGAAGAAUCAACAGCUUUCUGUCGCAGCCGCUAGGCCCCUUGCAAGUAACGUUUAAAGAAGGCCCUCAUCUAAAUGGUCUUGGAGGACAACCGCCGUGGACAAGCCAGGUUGCUUCUUUUGAUUCAAUCAAUGGCGUACCAGGUCUCCAAGGGUUCAUGACUCACGGCGACGACAGUGGUAGGCUGCUUGGAUGGAGAAAUACGGUCCAGAACGGUGCGACCGUAGAAGGAUUCUGGGAAGAUACUGCAAAGAACGUGGCGCAAGAUACUAUCUUGCCAACAGUACGAUAUAACAUAGACCACCAAGCCGGAUUUUCCCCGCAACAAGUAGGGAAGCCAAUCUACCUGUUCUCAUGCAACGGCGCCGAUCCAAUACCAUUGGCGGGCAGCAUUUGGCUAUAA